GGAACAUGUUUCACAACUACAACUCCUAUCGUGCAAUUCAGCCGGCAGCACUUCCGCAAUUAAACGACGACGAGUAUUUUGGUGUAAACGUGUAUUAACAGUGUGCUCUGAUAAUGGACGGUAAACGUGUUAAAGCAGUAUUGUUUGACCUGGACAACACGCUCAUUGAAACAAGUCGGGCAGGUGGAGUGGCGAUGCUAAAGUGCCCCAGUCAUGCAGUGAUGGAAAGUGACGUGAAGUACAAUUACUCAAGGAUUGUAUUUGAGACCAGUGAGCUUUUGAAGACCACACUGGCCCUUGAUGACGUGACUGUCAGCAGCAUUUGUGACAAGUUCAAGCAGAAGCUUUUCCAUGAGAGUUUUGACCCCUCAGCUGGCAGAUCCAUUGACGAGGUCCGUGUGGGUCACUGGGAGGACAGCAUCCAGGAGGCUGUGGGCGGUUGUUCCAAACCCUCUCUGGCAGCUCAGUGCUACUACCUGUGGAAAAAUAGUCGCCUGGAGGUUCUCAGUCUGUCCCCUGAAAUAUGCAACCUCCUGAAACAGCUCCGCAGCAGAUACAAGCUGCUGCUGCUGACCAACGGGGAAGCUCAGACCCAGAGAGAGAAAGUGGAUGCAGUCAGAUGUGAGGAGUUCUUCGAUGCCAUCGUGAUUGGGGGAGAACAUGCAGAGCAGAAACCAUUCCUCUCCAUCUUCACUUUGUGUUUCAACAUGCUGGAGGUGGAGGCCCAGGACUGUGUCAUGGUGGGAGACUCUCUGGACACAGAUAUUCAGGGGGGCUUUGAUGCCGGAGUACGGGCUACAGUUUGGAUCAGCAGUGCAGGAGGCGCUGUGCCAGAUGCUUCAGUGAAACCAGACUACACUAUCCCUACUGUGCUGGACCUGCCAGAUAUUCUGGCACAACUGAAAUGA